GAAAAAAAUAUUCAACAUAGUCGAUUUAUCUAAGCAAAUACUUCGCAUUUUGAAAAUAAUCUCUUUAAAAAUGAAGUUAUCGUGUUUCCUGUUGUUAUUUUUUGUCAAAAUGUACCAUAUGAGACAUGUUUCUACUCCUGGAAAUGGCAUAAGGAUAUCUUUGACAAAAGCGCCUUCAACACUGCAAAAGUCGACUUCAGCUUCGAUGGAAAUGAAAUCAUUGUACACCCGUGAGAAGAAGAUGAUUAGUGAGACGGAUAUUCUUUUACAAAGUCAGCGAGGCCUCCGAUACUUCGGUCCAGUUUCAAUUGGAACGCCUUCUCGAGAGUUUCAAAUGCUCUUUGAUACAGGCUCCUCUCAGUCAUGGCUACUUUCAAACCUCUGCAAAGCAUCGACUUGCAAAAUAAAUGAACACAAGCCAUACGACCACGAUUUGUCCAAAACAUAUAAACGUGCAGCAGAAUCCGUAUGUAGAAACAUAACGUACGUGAGAGGGCAGGUAGCUGGAUUUUGUUCAACAGAUACAGUUUCAAUGGAUGGAGUGAAACUGGACAACGCACAAUUUCUCGAAGUCACCAAUAUAUCCGGUACACCAAAAGGACCAUACGAUGGUUUAAUUGGAUUAAGUUAUGACCCUAAAAGACCAGCGGAUAACAUAAUCACACAACUUUGCAAAGUUACGAAACAAGAGAACAAAUUUUCGAUCUAUUUAAAUAGAAAUACGUCGGAUGCCAAUGGAGGAGAAAUAACGUUAUGUGGUGCAGACGAAUCAAAAUUUACAGGCUCUUUGACUUACGUUAAUGAAAUAGAACCAUUAGGUAAAUGGAACGUCAGAAUUGAAACUGUUUCGUUACAAAAUGGUAAAGCUAAAGAGCAAAUCGUUAGUUCGAGUUCAGAUGCAGCCCUUGUUGACUCUGGAGCAUCCUACAUUUCGGGUCCAGAAGCCAGUAUCCAGGCUAUUUAUAAAGCUGCAAAUGCAAAAUCAAUACCGACCUUGAAAGGUGCAUUGCAGGUUGAUUGCAACGUCAUUCGUGAAUUGCCCAAGAUAAUGCUCAAAAUUGGCCAGACGAACUACAUUCUUGAAGGAGAAGACUACAUUUUGAAGGUUGUAGAUGAUUCCGGUGGUAUACUAUGUCUUGUGGCCUUGACACCACUCCGCAGCACAGGGAGUGUAAAAUGGAUCCUAGGAGAUGUUUUCCUCAGAAAAUAUUACUCGGUAUAUGAUUUGGAAAAUCACAGAAUUGGAUUUGCAGAAAGCAGUUUCACUCGUAAAAAUAAUUGAGUAGCAUAAAUUCAUUUUUCAAACUCUUUGAAGCUUCAAAUUGUUCAUUUUUUCAAUUUCUACAAUCACUAGAAUUUUUUCAAAGCUUCAACUGAGUUUCACUAGGUAGUUUAAAAAGUACAUAGUAACGCGUGUAGGUAUACUUUAAUUCAAUUCAAUUCGUGAACAAGUUUUUUGUUGUUUUAUGUAUGAACUAGCUAGUCAUUCAGAAUUUUAUAUUAGACUAAGUAUAAACUUGAUAAAACCACUUUGUAAUUUAAGCUAGUAUCUAAAGGUAUAUCUUUUACAGCUAAUAAAAUUAUUUCAACGAUA